AGGGGGGGUGUGAGGGAGAGGCGGCCAUGGAUGAGGACGGCCUACCCCUCAUGGGGUCGGGCAUAGACCUGACCAAGGUCCCGGCUAUUCAGCAGAAAAGAACUGUGGCAUUUCUAAACCAGUUUGUGGUGCAUACAGUGCAGUUCCUCAACCGCUUUUCUACAGUGUGUGAAGAGAAACUUUCAGCUCUUUCGCUUCGAAUUCAACAAAUUGAAACCACACUCAAUAUUUUGGACGCAAAGCUGUCCUCUAUUCCGGGCUUGGAAGAUGUCAAAUUUGAAAUAUCUAACGCUAAUGUCAACACUGUUACAAACAGUUCACCCCCUGAAGCUCCUUCAAGUCAACAGUCAGCAACAAUAUCACCUCAAUCAGAGCAGAACAUUAUACAAGACCCUGGACUGCAGAAAAAUGAAGUAGCAGCUGAAAAUGCCUUAACUGUAGCCAAGGAUCCAAGAUAUGCCAGAUAUCUCAAAAUGGUUCAAGUGGGUGUUCCUGUUAUGGCAAUAAGAAACAAAAUGAUAGCAGAAGGACUGGAUCCAGAUCUUCUUGAGAAGCCAGAUGCUCUAGUGCCUGAUGGGAAAAGUGAAAUGAUGGCAGAAGACAAUUCUGAUAGCGAAUCUUCUUUUAGUGACUGAGUUUGGUUCACAUUUUGAUACAUGCCGUACAGAUCUAUGCAAAGAACUUUUUCUAUCUCUUUUGGCUUGAAACCUAAGAUGAAAUCUAUAUGAACUAUUUGGGGGAAAACUGUAACUAAGUUUCAGUAGUCAUCUCAAGUCUUCCAGGAAUAUUCAGUAGAUUUCCAGGAGUAGCUAAUGGUGUCUGAACAUAAGCUGAAAAAGUUUUAUCAGUGGUUUAUCUUAAUUCUAAAAGAGAAGUUAUAUAAUGGUUAUGUAUGUAGGCGCUACAAGGCAAAUAGCCACACAGCUAACAGAAAUGCUCUUUAUAUUAAGGUAAGAGAGUUUUGAUUUCGAGUACAAACUUAAAGCUUGUGUCUAUCUUUGACCUGUCAUCAAAUUAAAUUACUUUGUCCCUAUCUCUUAUCAGGUAACAUACUAAAAUAAAGAACUAUCAUGACAGACACUAUGGAAUUCUAUUCUAGUGUUAUAUUACGCAUUAAAGAAAUAGAGAAGAUUUUUGCACUAAAGGGGAAUAGACUUGAUUCAUUCUACUAACACUUAAUUUUGAUAAAAUUAAUAAUUCAGUUUUGACAAACAUUUUAGUAUGCAGUUUACUUCAUGUGGCUUGCUAGAAAUUAACGUAAGAAAAGCAGUGGAAGUAUCAGUCAUAUAAGAUUGGAUGCUCAGGCUAGGCAAAUGUCAGGAUUAUUUGGUUAUGAUCCUGAGAAGAGACUAGAUAUUAAUGGAAUACAGUCGUGGGUUCAAAUAUCACUAAAUUCAGUGGGCCUAAAAGUAGUCAUCAGCCUAGAGCAAUUUGAUGGCGUUUUGAAAGUGCUUUCAAUUUCAGUUCAAAAGAAAUGAUAUAGAAGAGGAGAGAUAAGUGGCUUUUUCACCUAACAAGAAUUUCUCCAGAAUUAGGAUUUGUCUCAAAUCUUGAAUUUGGGAAAGCCAGUCUAAUGCUUCGUAUGUGGGUAAAUCUGGUCAUUAUAUCAAAAGUACUGAGUUGAUUAAUUUGUACUCAGAUAGUGUGCUAUUGCAUUUAUUUCUUUUUCGAUCUAAGAAUAGAUUUGAUGGCAAACCAUAUUUUCGACUUUUAAACCUUUCCCGUUAUAAGCUUUGGGAAGCGGCCUAGUGGAAAGAGCACAGGCUUGGGAGUCAGAGG